AAACCACUCUACCUGAAUAGCUAUUUAUAAUAUUAUGUUGACAUCCUCAUGUCUGGGUCUUACCACGUUUUAGUGUCCGUUUGUGAAUCUCAUUUUGUUGUCGUUCUGUGGAAAACUUUCAGUUUGGACUUGUAAAUAACUAUGAAGAGUGAUGGAUAAUUUUCAUUGAUACAGGAAAAAAGUCAUGGCGGAUUGCAAAUCAAUAACCGGAUAUUCUCGGUGUUUUCGUUGUUGUAAUGCCACAGCCAUGAUAUACUUAACGGCGACCUUGUCAACACUUGUCUUGUUAAAUAUAAUCACUGCUUCCUCUCAUCUCAAUAAAAUAUGGACAUUGAGCAAAGCCUUGAAUGACGCUGUUUCAAAACUCAAUAUGAACUCGAGUGUAAUGGUGAACAAGAGCUCUGAAGAAAAUUCGAAUAUUAAAAGUUCGAUUUCUUUAACAAGAGAAGCAUUUACACCUGAUCGACCUCUUACAACCAAAAGAGUUAAAAUUACAGAAAAGAAAGAAAACACAGCCAAAGUAAAACCGACAUCUAACGAAAGGCCUCUAAACUGUACUUCUUGUUUUCCACAUAAUUAUUCCUAUAUACUGGACAAUGAAAACAUUUGUAAACCUACGGAGAGAAGCCAGGUAGUGGAUAUAAUUGUGUUAAUAUGUACAAUACACUCAAAUACCGAAAGAAGAAAAGCUUUGAGAGAAACCUGGCUUUCCCAGACCAAGCAAAAUGAAGGCAACAUACGAUACGUCUUUCUUUUAGGGAUGACCUCCAAUAAAAAGCUUCAGGUGGACCUUGAAACGGAGAGUGCAACCCACAGAGAUAUUAUCCAGGAAGAUUUCAUCGACCAUUAUAAUAACUUAACGUUAAAAACUAUUAUGGGCUUUAAAUGGGCUAGCAUCAAAUGCAAAAACGCUAAAUUUGUCAUGAAAACAGACGACGAUAUGUUUGUGAGUUUACCAGCGUUAAAAACGGCUGUCAAGAAGUAUGGCAGUGUUCUCCAGACGUCCAUUGGGGGUCAAUGUCGACUGAAUGAAGGUCCCAUUCGCCAUAAAGGAUUUAAGUGGUACGUUCCGAAGGAAAUGUACCCUCAGUCCAAAUAUCCGGGAUUCUGUUCCGGUACUGGAUAUAUCACUAGUAUGAAUGUUGUGCAGAAGGUUUACGAGGUUUCUCGAAAUGUACCCUUUUUUUACUUAGAAGAUGUUUAUGUAGGUCUUUGUAUACACCGACUUGGUAUGAAGACUACGCGAAUCCCAGGUUUUAACGCUGUGCGUAUUCCAUUUGGAUGCAAUUACAAAAAUUCCAUUGUAAUCACCUCUCAUCAACUUGAUCCUAAUGCUCUUCGAGGAGUGUGGAAUUUAAAGUGCAAUGAUACUAUUUUUUAAUCAUGUUGUAUAUUAAUCAUAUAUAUAUUUUUAAUUUUA